AUCACAACAUGUACAAGUUAGCAAGGCUGCCAAGGCAGCGCUCUCCGGCGAGUGCGAAAGCAAAUUGAGGGUCAAGUUUUUGACAUAUUCACAGCCGACUGAUAUUGAAGGUGGGUGAAAAUUUUGACACCCCUAGAUUUCUGACAUUUUCACGGCUGGCAGAUGGUCGAUGACGGAGAAGAUAGCGGAAAAUUUUGACCCCCCAAUAUUCUAGCCACUUUUACGCCGGUGAAAUUUUUGGAUAACACGCAGUGUCAGGCCUAGGCACCCAGGUUCUCUGCCCUGUGACCACGCGUUUCUUACUUAGCUUGCGGCCUCCAUUCCAUGGGGCAUAACUUCGAGGAACAAACGCAGAAAAAGUUCCUGAACGGGACCGGGAAUGCUCCGACACAAAUUACGAACGGGGUAGCUCCACAGCCCAGCAUCUCCUUCGUAUCCCCAGCAUCAGUAAUAAUGGCCAAUCUGCCGACGGAGAACACUCCUCUACUAUCAACUCCGAUUUCUCACAUAGAAGAGGGUGUGCACUAUUCAAAUGAAAGGGACUGUCCCAGUAUCUGGGUGAUAUUCAAGGAGGAACUCGGCGUCCUCACGAAAUACACCCUUCCCAUUUUUACAACUCACCUGUUUGAGUUUAGUUUCAAUAUCGCUUCCAUAGUAGCUAUUGGGCACAUCUCCACGACAGCACUUGCUGCUGCAACAUUAGCCUUCAUGACCGCGAGCGUAUCGGGCUACGCAAUCGUCCAAGGGCUAGUGUCUGCUCUUGACACACUUCUCCCUGCGGCAUGGACAUCUAGUCAUCCGCAAUUAGUCGGCUUAUGGAGCCAACGCAUGCUUGUUGUGACGGCCGCAACCCUUAUCCCUGUUUUUUUUAUUUGGUUCAACGCCGAAUCCAUUUUACUCCUGCUCAGACAGGAUCCUGAAGUUGCGCAUCUAGCUGCUGUCUACUUAAGAUGGUCGACUUUUGGGCUUCCAGCAUAUUCUUUCAACUGCAUUUCACGCCGUUACUUUCAAUCUCAAGGACUCUUCGCUGUGCCGACUAAGAUCAACUUGGUCGUGGCGCCGAUCAACGCCCUCUUGAAUUACUUUUUUGUGUGGGGUCCUGAGCCGGUCAGGAUUGGUUUUAUUGGAGCUCCAAUCGCAACUUCCAUAUCUUUCAAUCUGAUUUCAAUUUCAUCGGUAAUAUAUGGCAUUUUUUAUGUCGAGAAGACCGCCUGGCAUCCUAUCUCAAUGCGGAGCUUUACUGGCUUGGGCUGUCUUGUCAAGCUGGGACUCGCUGGCGUUGGUCAGACUGCGUCUGAAUGGUGGUCAUGGGAGCUUAAUAACUUGGCCGCCAGUUUGCUCGGGCCCGCUGCCUUAGCUACCCAAUCCGUUCUGCUCAUCUCAAGCUCCUGUACAUUUCAAGCUCCCUUCGCCCUCUCCUUGGCUACGUCUGUGCGAAUUGGGAAUCUUCUGGGCGAGAAGCAGGCGAGGCGCGCCGGUGUCUCCGCGUAUGCCGCGAUUGUUCUUGCAAUUGCAAUUUCAGCAAUAUGGAGUACCAUGUUUAUAUCGUUCAGGAAAUCGUGGGCGUAUAUCGUCAAUGAUGACCCCGAGGUGGUGACGCUGGUGGCCUCGAUUCUUCCGGUUGUUGCCAUGUAUCAAGUCUUCGAUGGGAUCGCUGCUGUUACUAGUGGUGUUUUGCGAGCACAGGGCAGACAACUCGUAGGCGCACUUCUCAAUCUCAGCGGUUACUACGUCAUUGGCAUUCCUUUUGGUGUUUGGUUAACUUUUAAAAUGGGCAUGGGACUAGUGGGACUAUGGGUGGGACUCACAGUUUCCCUCAUUUAUUGCUCUGUCUGGGGCACUUAUCUGUGUAUUACAACCGACUGGCAGAAAGAGGUGAAGAAAGUUUCGGAUAGGCUUGCUGUUGAGAACAAGAACGCAAACGAGGCGGAGGAAGAUGGAUCAUCACGUUUCUAAUAUUCAUUUAUUUCAUAGUUAUGACUUAGAAGAAAACCGUUCGUCUGUGAACGGAAAAGUAUUGUUCAUAUUCAUUUCUUAUCUACAGCAGUAGCGAAGAGUAGACGACAUU